ACUUCCGCCGCCACAUAGACACGUCUAACGACUUGUCGACUUGCUUGUAGGCCCGUUCUUGCGCAUGCGUGACUCGAUCCUCCGUCCCAAUCCUUGACGGAGACUUCAGGGAAUUGUUGCAAUGGCUGAGUUUAAUAAUUUCAACACAGAUUUCUUCCAAUCAAGCUAUAGCAUUGAUGACCAAGGGCAAUCAGGUUAUGACUACAAUGCAGCAGGGGAUCCUUUCCAAAACAGGCAGUAUGACAGUCACACUCAGCAGCCUGGAUAUUUUUAUCCAACAGGGUCCCAACAGCCAUACACAGGACAGAUCUAUCAACCUACACCAACCUUCACUCCUAGCUCUCCACAAUCGGUAUAUGGCAACAGUUUUGAAGACGAAGCCCCAUUAUUGGAAGAAUUAGGAAUUAAUUUUGACCACAUCUGGCAGAAAACACUGACUGUCCUCCAUCCACUGAAAGCAGCAGAUGGAACAAUUAUGAAUGAAACUGACCUGGCUGGGCCCAUGGUGUUCUGUUUGGCAUUUGGAGCCACGUUAUUACUGGUUGGCAAAAUCCAGUUUGGUUAUGUGUAUGGGAUCAGUGCUAUCGGGUGUCUCGGCAUGUACUGUUUGUUGAACUUGAUGAGUAUGACCGGAGUGUCCUUUGGUUGUGUGGCCAGCGUUCUUGGAUAUUGCCUGCUUCCAAUGAUUAUCCUGUCAAGUUUUGCUGUGAUUUUCUCUUUGCAAGGCAUGCUGGGCGUAAUUAUUGCUGCUAUGAUUAUUGGCUGGUGCAGUUUGUCAGCUUCUAAGAUCUUCAUCUCUGCCUUGGCCAUGGAGGGACAGCAAUUACUUGUGGCAUAUCCUUGUGCUUUGUUGUAUGGAGUUUUUGCUCUUAUCUCCGUUUUCUAAAUGUCUUUGUGAAUGGAACAAGGGUCCAUGUUCUGAACUCAAAAGACAAUGGAUGCAAGUCUCAAGUAUCAUUCAAGUGGUUUAAAAACUUUCCAGUUGCCUGCCAACAAAGUGGUUGAAAUUCUUUUGAUUCCAAGUUUCUGGGGAACAAUUGGACAGAUGUCUUGCAUUCUUAAAUUCCUGCUUUAGAUGUUGUACAAAGAAACCCAUUUUACUGAUUGAAGGUGUGUAAAGCACAGAUUGCUAAUUUGAAUGUUUUGUCUUGCUUUCAACAUGCUUUACUGAUGGGGAUUAAAAUAUAUUAAAUGGUUUUACCUUUAUCCUGAAACACAGUUUAGUUAUGAAGUUCAGAUGAAAUUUUCACAUGGUUCAGGCAUGCAAGUUACUUUUAUUGUUAGCUGGGAUGUUGGGACCGCUGGAAAGUGUUCCUUCACGUGCAGUGUAAAUAGAGAAAUAUACAUUACCCUGUGAUAUUUAUAUCUAUAGCAAGAACUGCGUGCAAUACCAAAAAACAAAACUCAAUAUUUAAAUCAAAAUUCUAUAGGCAUCCGUUACUUUUGGUCAAUGAACCAUAAUAAAUUUCUCUCAAGCAAGCAAAAUUCAAUACUAGGAAAGAGAGGAGUUAGAAAACGUGUUGUACAAGUAGACAUUGUCAAAGUAAGAUCCCAUUGUAAAGAGAGCAACUUCAUGUCUUGCUUUACAGCAUAAUUACAGUUUGCAAGCUAGACAUUAUUUUACCACAGUGUUUAUCUGGCCCGUGGAAAUAAACAAUCAUUCCAGCUCCAAUUACAGAUAAUUUAGUUUUUUUUUAAUUGACUGCUUAUUUUGUUUCUACUGUUUAAGCAUCUUGCCCUGUGCAGUACAUUUGUAAUAAAUUGGUUAAUCUCUCAUCCAACACAUAGUAGUGCAAUUAUUUUGGUGGAACCCUUUGCUGACCUAGGCAAUAGAAUUCCCUUUGUUGGAAGUACUAAGGCUAUCCUAUUUUAGUACUACUGUACCAGUAAUGAAAGCAUUUCUAUCAACCAUAAGUUAACGUUCAGUAUUCAGUGUUGACGCACAUUUUGGUUCUUUAUAAAAAUUUUUUCUUAUGAGAAGGUAAAAUGAGAUUCAUUGUUACUUUGUGUACAGUGUUUGAUAAAAGAAAUACACACUACAAAACUUACUGCCACUAAUUACUAUAAUUGUAGAGCAGUGAAUGAAUAAGAAGGGUCUGGAGGAAUAUGGGCCGGGUGCUGGCAGGUGGGACUAGAUUGGGUUGGGAUAUCUGGUCGGCAUGGAUGGGUUGGACUGAAGGAUCUGUAUCCAUGCUGUCCAUCUCUAUGACUCAUUGUAAGUUUUAAAUUUCUACUAUUUUGAACAAGUUCCAAUAACAAGAACUCUAAUUUAUUGCACUGAAUUGAAAUACAAACCCUGUUCACGAUAGAGACUUAAUCAGUCAGACCUGAUCAACUUAAUGAAAAGUUGCAAUUGAUCAUGAAACAUGUUUAUAAUUAGAGUGCACCAGAAGGCAAUUUGUCCAUCAGAAUGUUAAAAGCAACCUAGAAGUCCAUGAUAAAAUUCAAGCACACUCUUUCCAACAUCUGAUUAAAGUUUGUCCCUGUAAUCUGUAAAUCAGCACAAAACAAUCUUGCUCGAGAUAUGUAAUUGUCCACUACUAUAUAUUCCAAUUCCCAAUCAUUGGUGUUAAUAGGUAAAAUUCUUUUUUUUAAACUUAGAAUGACUGUGAUUGUCUCAGAGCAUAGACUUUGUCUCUUUUGGUCUAUAUAGAAAUCUUUAAAUUUAUUUGUAGUUUUUGGCUGUUACCUGAUCCACAAUAUCUGCCUGUUGAUAUUCGCCAUCUCAGAUCAUGCAUUGAUAAAAGACCAUUUGAGUAAGAUGCUGCAGGACUGUCUAUACCUGUGGAAUAUUACGCCAUAAAUCAGUUGUGUUUAUGCAGUAGCCAAUGCACUCUGAAUAGAUAUGUGGGUAUUUUAAGGAGUCCCUUUUUAAAAAUUUGAGUGCUUUACUUUAAAAAGCAGCUCAGUUUUGUUUUAAAUAAAGUUAAAACUUAAUUUAUUAA